AUGAGCUCCUUUCGUCGUGACAAGAAGGAGGAAGAAGAUACAGGGGGAAAUAUCUUCCAGAAUCUCGACAAGACUGCACUUUUGCAAGAGGCUCGUUAUUUCAACUCCACCCCUGUAAACCCCAGAAAAUGUGUCCAGAUUCUUACGAAAAUUAUAUACCUACUCAACCAAGGAGAGAAACUAACUACUCAAGAAGCCACCGAUAUAUUUUUUGCGACAACUAAAUUGUUUCAAUCUAAGGAUGUUGUUUUACGUCGUCUUGUAUAUUUGUGCAUUAAAGAAUUAAGCUCAAUGGCACAAGAUGUAAUCAUCGUAACGUCCUCAUUGACCAAAGAUAUGACUGGCAAGGAGGAUCUGUAUCGAGCUGCAGCAAUCCGUGCACUGUGCAGUAUAACUGACAGUACUAUGCUUCAAGCUAUAGAACGGUACAUGAAGCAGGCCAUUGUGGAUAAAAACCCUGCUGUUAGCUCAGCUGCUCUUGUGUCUGCUCUUCAUCUAUCUGCAACUGUUCCUGAACUAGUUAGGAGAUGGGUUAAUGACGCACAGGAGGCAAUUAUGUCUGAUAAUGCAAUGGUGUCAUACCACGCCCUGGCAGUAGUAGCGGGUGCCAGAAAGAAUGAUCGUUUAUCAACUGUGAAAUUGGUAACAAAGCUAUCUCGUUCACCUUUAAGAUCACCAUUUGCUUUAUGCCUGUUAGUUAGAUAUGCUGCCAAAUUAGCAGAAGAGGAUCAAACUGAAGCAUCAGAACCAUACUUGGAAUUUAUAGAAUGUUGCUUGCGUCACAAAUCCGAGAUUGUUGUUUAUGAAGCUGCUCAUGCUAUUGUUAAUUUGCGAAAGUCCGCUAGAGAUCUUGCCCAAGCUGUGAGCGUUUUACAAAUUUUCUGUGGUUCAUCCAAGGCUACCCUUCGCCUUGCUGGAGCUCGUACUUUAGCCAAGUUAACAACAAAACAUCCAAAUGCUGUUGCAGCUUGUGCUGUUGACUUGGAAAACCUGAUUUCAGAUCCAAACCGCUCUGUUGCUACUUUAGCUGUGACAACUUUGCUUGCCACUGGAGCAGAAAGCUCAAUUGAUCGCUUGAUGAAGCAAAUUUCAACUUUCAUGUCUGAAAUAUCAGAUGAAUUUAAAAUUGUAGUUGUCCGUGCCAUAAGGCGUCUUUGUACCAAAUAUCCAAGAAAGCAUCAAUCGCUGGCCUCAUUUUUAGCUGGGAUGUUGCGUGAUGAAGGUGGCGUACAGUACAAAACUGCAAUUGCCGAUGCAAUUAUUGCCUUGAUAGAAGAAAAUCCAGAUGCAAAAGAGACUGGUCUAGCUCAUCUUUGCGAAUUUAUUGAAGAUUGCGAACAUACAUCACUGGCAGUAAGAAUUUUGUAUGUUUUGGGUCGCGAAGGUCCUAAAGCUCGUCAGCCUUCUCGCUACAUUAGAUAUAUCUACAAUCGAGUUAUUUUGGAAUCUGGCCCAGUUCGAGCUGCUGCUGUAUCUGCAGUUGCUCGUUUUGGAGCUACUUGCGAGGAUCUGCUUCCAAAUAUUAGUGUAUUGUUAGCACGUUGUCAGCUUGAUGACGAUGAUGAAGUUCGUGACAGAGCUAUAUUUUUCAGCGCUAUCUUGAACUCCAAUGACCCUCAACUAAUCAGCGAUUAUAUCACAAACGUACCGACUCCAAACCCAGUUCUCUUGGAAAAAGCUCUUCAUGAUCACCUUAGAUUGAAUCCUGAUAAACCAUUUAACAUUCUGUCGGUUCCAUCAUCAGAACCUACCAAAGAACCUGAAGAAGCCCCUGUUCAAAUUGAAACUCGUAAACAACCAGUUGUUUCUCUUGAAGAAUUAUAUUCUGAACAAUUGAAAGUGGUUCCCGGCAUUGAAAAACUCGGCCCACCGUUCAAGACAUGUAAAGCUAUUGACCUUACUGAGCCAGAAACCGAAUAUCGUGUACGCUGUGUUAAACAUAUCUUUGCACGACAUUUAAUUUUGCAGUUUGAGUGCUUGAACACACUUAGCGACCAGCUUUUAGAAAAAGUCCGCGUCCGCCUGGAAUCAGCUCCUGGAUAUAAAAUCCUAUGUGAAGUUCCAUGCGAGCAACUACCCUAUGAUAAACAAGGUAGUGUGUUUUGUCUCUUAGAAUUCCCCCGUGGCCCGAUAGAAACCUUGGGUACUUUUGGAGCUACACUUGAAUUUUCAGUUCGAGAUUGCGAUCCUACUACUGGAUUGCCUGACGGCGGUGACGGAUAUUCCGACACGUAUCCUUUAGAGGAAGUAGAUGUUGGAUGCGCUGAGCAGUUCCGCGCUCACGUGGCACCUGAUGAUUGGGAAGCUUCAUGGGAAAGAGCAGCGUCAGCCGCCGAAGCUUCCGAUACCUUUGUACUGUCACAGUCAGAUAUUAAUGAAGCAGCAUCAGCAGUCUGCGACCAUUUAGGUUUACCUAAAGCUGCCAUAUCAGGUGACGCUGUAAAGGAAAUCCGUGGUGGAGGUUUGUGGCGCGAAGGGACACCCAUGCUGGUACGUGCACGUCUGGUAGCAUCUCAAGGGUCUGUGACUAUGAAACUCACGGCUCGCUCUCCUCGUGAAGAUGUUGCUACACUACUUUUAGCUGCAGUUGGCUAA